CUGAAUAAAAAUAUUGCCAAUUUUUAGUGAUAAUUCUCUUUUUAACGUUGUAUAACAAUUAUGAGGAAUUUAAUUGUAGAAACUCAAAGCACAACUGUGUUCGACGAUCAUGUACUUCUUCCGCGUUCACAAUAUCAUUGCUGUCAUGACUUUAAUAAAAAUAUAUUUUAUUUAGUCGAGUGUCAUGCAAAUGUAAUUCAUAUAAUGGACGUUGCCAAAGAAAUCUAUUCCACUAAGAAAAUAGCUCUUAAAUUUGACCGUAUAAAUACUAUUGGAGUAGAGUAUUGUAGCAACAAUGGGGAUAUAUAUGUUGGAUACGAUUCAGGGUUCGUGUAUGAAUUGAAAGAAUUUGACGAGACAUUGUUCGAAGCUGUCGAAGUGGCGGAAUUUCCUACUGGAUUACAAUGCAUGAAGAUAAGUCCCGAUAACGAAGUUAUAGUUUUUGUUUCAAAAGACCUCGUGGUUACCGUUAUAACAUGUAGAUUUUUUGAUUGUGUCAAUAGCGCAAGUUUACUAUGUACGGAAUUUGGAGCAAAAGAAUUUAUAACAGUCGGUUGGGGCAAAAAAGAGACGCAGUUUCAUGGUUCCAUGGGUAAAGCGGCAGCUAAAGAGACGCCAGACGAGUUCAGAAAAAGCAAUGCGGAUAAAGGCGUACCUAAAAUAACGUGGAAUACAGCGAGUACGUUAUUUGCGGUCAGUUUUGUCGAUCCCAAAAUUAAUGCAAGAAGAUUUAAGGUAUUUGAUAGGAAAGGAAUUUUACAGUAUACCAGCGAAUUGGUAGAUGGUCUCGAAGGAACUUUGUCAUGGAAAACCGCUGACAAUGUAAUUGCCGCGACAAGGAUAUUACCCAACAAGCGUACGGUUGCACUUUUCAAUAAAAAUGGUCUUUUGCACAGAGAAUUCGCUCUUCCCUUCGACUCGCAAACUGUCCAAAUUCUAGAUUUAAUUUGGUCAAGGGACUCUGAUAUUCUAGGAAUUUGGUACAAGGACUUAAUUACUAAAUUGAAUAUUCUUCAAUUAUGGUCGCAAAGUAAUUAUCACUGGUAUCUAAAACAGACUAUUAAGUAUCCAGAGAAAUAUCCUAUAUUGUACGUUGCUUGGCAUUCCCAAAUCGACAAGGAUUUGUUAAUAUUGUCGCUGAAAAGUAGCACCGCUUAUAGAUUUUAUUGGGCUAUUUCGCAAAGCUGCGGCAAAACCGAAUCUGACAAAGCUACGGUCUGUGUGAUCGAUGGUAACAAUGUUAAUAAAACGAAAUUUAAGGAGUCCAUGUAUCCACCUCCAAUGUGCCAAAGAAAGUACCAAUUUAAAGUACCAGUCAAUGCAGUGUUGUUCUCUCCAAAUGGCUGGAAUAACGAAGAAGAUCCAAAUGACUUUUUGGUGUUUUUGUCUAAUAAUAAAAUCAUAGUUUGUAAAAACGUAAGAUAAUAUUUUACAAUAAAAAAUGGCGAGGAACCUACUUACAAAACAUAUAAUUUCUCAUUAUCGAUAAAAAAUGGAUAUCGGUAUUCGUUCAGUUUAAUGCAGCAUUUAUUUUGGUAUAAAAAAAAUGUUGUCUUAUUUUCAAUAACGUUAGGUACAAAGAGUACUUUGUACGAGUUACCUCUGUUGGAUUUCAAUGAUUUAGAUGUAAUAGAAUUAGAGUCAAGACGCAUACAGGAAAUGCCUGGUAAGAUACAACACAUCGUUGCGUCUUCGGAUUCAAAAACAGCUUAUGUAAUUGUCGACAACAAAGUUUAUCGUUACAACGACCGCGACGGGGUGGAAAAAUCCGAGUUAACGAUAAGUAAGAAAGCCUCGCACGUUGUGGCAAAAGUUGAAUGUGCGAAUUUCGGUGGGAAGGAGGUGAUUAUCGCAUUGACACGGAAUCACAUACUGUACGUAGAUGGAAAUCAAAUAACCAAUAAUGUUACGUCAUUUUAUCUGCACUCCGAGGCAUUGUUUAUCACUACACAGCAGCACACGUUAAUUCACUUUGAUUUGUCAUUGAAUGGCCUCGAUCAAUUGAUGACAAAAGACUUGACCGUUCAGCCAUGGGAACAGAAAUCCAAUGUACAAGAACUAAAUAUAAGACGAGUGGAACGCGGCUCCGUCAUAAUAGCGGUCAUAGCAAAAGGCGAUAGAAUGAUUUUACAAAUGCCCAGAGGCAAUUUGGAAAUCAUUCAGCACCGCACUCUUACAAUCUCCAUAAUCAAGCCACUUUUGGAUCAACAGAAUUAUAAACAAGCCUUGGAGAUCAUGCGCAAGCAGCAAAUUGAUUACAAUCUGUUUUACGAUCACAAUCCGCAAUCCUUCCUUCACAACAUUAAGAAAUUCGCUGAUGAUUUGGACGCGCGCAAUUUAACGAUAUUCUUAACGGAUCUGAACGACGAUGAUGUUACGCGCACCAUCUACAAGAGCAAUUACGUUGAUCGCACGACGACGAAAGCAGCGAGUUCGAGUAAAGUCGAAUUGACAUGCGAAAUCUUAAGAGCGGCUAUGGAGAAAAAUCACGACAAAUUGAUCGAGCCAAUUAUUGUAAGUCUGGUGAAGAAGGAGAGCGUGAAGGGUAUCGAGGAAGCAAUAAUUAAGCUACAGCGACUGAGCGAAUGCGCGAUGUCGAGUAGCGCCGAGGAGAAAUUGCGUCGUUUGACUUUUCUGGUAAAGAAAAGGAACCUCUUCGACAUAGCUCUGGGCACCUACGAUCUCAAGCUCGCGAUGUUCGUCGCCGAGGCGACCCACACCCUCUCCCAGGAGAACGUGAACUUUCUGAACAGCUUCAAGAUGCUCGAGCCCAAUUACAUGAAGUACAAGAUCGACGUGCACCUGAAGCGCUACGAGUCGGCGCUUACGAACAUCGCCAAGCUGCCAGAGAGGUUCGACGAGUGCAGGAAGCUCAUACGCGAGCACGGACUGUACGCCCAAGGUCUCAAGCUCUUCGCCGAGACGAGAUCGACACCCGAGUACGCGGAUAUCGCCACUAUCUACGCCGAGGUGUUGGACGGGAAGGGCAAGCACAGAGAGGCCGGGAUCCUCUACAGCAAGGCCAACGAGUUUACUAAGGCUCUCGUUGCUUUUAAAAAGGCCAAUAGCUGGCAGGACGCCAUCGCCACCGCGUUCAAGCUGAAAUUAAGUGCGGCUGAAUUGAAGGACUUGUAUGUAGAAUCGGUGGAACGACUGCAGAGAGACAAUAAGUACAACGACGCCGCGAUAAUUCUGUCCAAGUACUUAAAUAAAUUUGAAGAGGCGGUGGCGAUGCUAUGCAUGGGCAAGGAAUGGCUUCGGGCGUGGAACGAGGUUUGCUGCAACGAUCGACUGGAUUUGAUCGAGUCACGCGUGAGACCCUCGGUCAUCGAUCACGCUGAAUUCCUCCUGGGGCACUUACGCCACUGCAGGGAGAACUUUGGGGAACACGCGAGCCGCUUGGUGUUGGUGCGCCCGGAGCUGUUGAAACGUCGCGAGACCCUGGCGGAGCUCGGAAGUCUCGUGAUCGGGGAACCUGGCGAGGCUAUGGCCGGGGGCUGCGGUACCGAGAGCAUCGCCGAUUCGAUAGACACGAGGACUUCGCGGGCCUCGAGAUCGACGUAUCGCACCUAUCGCUCGAGCAAGAACCGCAGGAAACACGAGAGGAAGAUGUUUAGUACGAAGAAGGGCAGCCUAUACGAGGACUUUGGCCUCGUGCUCGCGCUCCACCAGCUCGUCACCCAGGCCUACGAACAAAGGGAUGAUGUUCGAACAGUUGCCGAAGUGCUAUUGUAUAUAAAUAGCGAUAAAUUAGCCGAGGACUUGCAGAAGGAAAUGAAUGUAUUUUUAGCUGAAAUAAGUAAACAGAAACAUGUAAUUUGGCCGCCGAUUCGCGAGAAUACCAAUUUCAGGGCCAAUUUUGUCGAAGAUCUUGGAGAUGAGAAGCAAAUGUGGACAGGUAAAUAUUGUCUUGAAAAUUUAGAGGACAUGAGCCGAAAUGCCCGUCGAAUGUACGAGUACAACACACGCAAGUAUAAGGACCAGCCAAUUCCAUCGAGCUGGGCUGAUGAUGUUGAACCGCAACCCCGCGUUGGAAUACCACGCAACCAGAGCCCCCGCGCGCAGCGCAGAUCACAAAACUGGAAGACCAGGAAGGGGGUUAAGAUCGGAGAGAAGAAGAGUGUGCCCGCAAGCGAGAUCUCCGACCCCGCUGAGUACACUCCAAAGGUUUUCAAAGCCAAGAGUGAGAAGUUAAUGGAUGAACCUCUCUGGCAAGAAGGACCUGUUCAGGGCACUCAUCCAGUCAUUAGAAUCUAUGCCCAGAAUAUGGAUAUGUCAACCUUCCCUCUCCUGCUGGAAAGGGUAUACCUUGAUCUUGAAGCGGAAAACCCCAGGAUCAGGAGAGAAAUGCCGUUCUGCAUGUUCCAGCACGCUUGUACUAGUGUGUUGAAUAUCGCUAUGAUUGACCAUCUGAAGACCAUCAACGCGGAAGACCGCUAUUCAGAUGAAGAAUCACCGAUGAAUUUUAUUCCGGAUGAUUUUCAUUUACCUGCACCCAUAGCCGAAUUUAUUAAGAACAUCGCUAACACUACUAAACAGAUUGCGGAGUAG